AUGGAUCGCCUGGGUUUGGAUCCCUUCCUCAACACCCACUUUCGGGAUUGGAAACUAGGCCAUACCAGUGUCGCAUCGGUUGGCGCUGGCGUUCGUUACCACGUCAACAGCGACGGCGGUGUUAUUCAAACCUGGCGCCGCGUGGAACGGUUGGGAAGCGAUUCUUUUGGACACGUGUGGAAGGAAAGGGGUUUAGACGGGCGCACACUCAACCACGUACGCGUCGUCAAGCAGCUUCGCAAGGACCGGCCCAACUUCAUUCAGUCAUCACGUCGAGAGCUUUAUGCCUUGACUACAUUCUCCAAGAGAACAGCGCCUGAGCAUCACAAACUCUUUGUCCAGCUGCUCAACUGGUACGAGGACCGCGAGUGCUUGUUCUUGACAAUGGAGUACGUCAGGCAUGGCGAUCUUCAACGAUACAUCGAGAUAGGCACAAAGUUCCCAGACCGACAGGCGCCCUUGAUUACAGGCCAGAUCGCGAGCGCUUUGCAGUACAUGCAUACCAAAGGUUUUGUACACAGAGAUCUGAGGCCCUCGAACAUCCUUGUCGCUGCUGAAGGGCCCGCAUGGAGCGUCAAGCUCGCUGAUUUCGGAAUUGCCACCAAUGUCGAGGAUACCUGGCCCUCCAAGGACUACAUCCGUACGAGCGGUUACAUGGCUCCAGAGAUGGUGGACUCGCCACAAUACUACACAACUGCCGUAGACGUAUGGGCCCUGGGGGCUGUCGUCUUUUGUCUGUUGGUAGGCAUCCCGCACUUCCACAAGCUGGACGACAUGCUGGGGUAUUGUGCGGGAAUCAGACAGUUCCCUACCUCAGUGCUCGGCGCUUCAACAGAGCUCUCGAUUGACUUCAUUUUGAAUGCAAUGGACCCGGUUCCGGACAAAAGGAUGUCGAUACAAAAGGCUUUGAACCAUAAAUGGCUUCACGUCAUUGAGGAUGCAUCAGUUGUGGAACACCGGUACGUACGAGCUCACAGUGAUUUGGCUCACCCAGUCUGA